AUGGAAGGCGUCAACCCGCGGUUCAUGGAGCGCGCGUACGGGGAAUUCGUGAACAUGUCGCCUCGAACAUGGAAGCGGAAGCUGGAGACCAUAGGGCUCGGGCGAUACUUCUCAUUGUUCUACAGGGAUGCCAAGUCUGUGGUCGACUCCUUCGAUGACGGCAGCAUCGAACUGCCGUUGCCGAUCCAUGAGCUGAUGCCGUGGAAAGCCAUGGCGGCAGAGCGACAGCAUGAAGACAUCAACGCGCGGGAACCUCUGGUGCAGACAGACUUGGCGUCCUUUAUAGACAGCUUGCAGACCAUGUUCGACGCGACCAGGAGAAGGGAGGGCGGAGAGGUUAGAGAGAUCAAUGCAGCAACUUUCGUGGACAUGGUGAUGAAGUCUACCUCUGUUGGGACCAGCCAUGUGUUGGACGAUCACACCGGCGAUGAUCAGCUGCUAAUGAUGGAUCGCUUGCAAGUGUCGGCGGCAGAACGGAGACGAGACUCAACAUACUUCGAGAGCAAUCACAUGAAAAUAGACAAAAACGCCUUUCGAAGUUUCGGGGUUUACAAUGGAGAAGUUCUGUGCGGCAGACUUGAGGAACGUCCCGGAGCAGUGGAGAUAGUCGAUGAGCACGACAAAGUGGAUAGUUUGAAACCUGUGAAGCGUCUCGAGACAAGAUAUGUCACUGGGAGAAUCCAUGACAUCUACAGUCGGAAUACUAUCAUCAGCAUCAUAACGAGCAGCAAGGGCUUCAACCAUCUGUUAGACAAUCUGAUCCGUUCGGGGUUUGAUCUCAACUUCAACAUCGCCAAAGGCAGCAGAGUCUCUCGAUGCUGGCGAAUCACCUCUGAAGAUACGCCAAUAGGAGCGAUCUGGGAUAGUCCUGGGACUUACAGCUGUCUGAAGUGCUGGGAUGCGUUUCGAAACAGCAGAAACAGCUCAGACAUGCGAAGGUACUUGAUGGAGCUCGGGUUCUUAACAUCCCCUGUGUAUUACAAGGCAAACUCUUGCGACCUCGACUCCACCAAGGGAAAGUUGGACAAGAUCAAAAUGAGAUGA